AUCGACGACCAGCAAUCUCUCCCUGCCACCGCCGCACGCUCCCGGGCCCCCAACGCUCGAAACGCUCGAAACGCUCGAAACGUCUGGCAAAUCCACCCCUCGUGCCUCGUGCCUCGUGACAUCGCUGCUGCCCGCCGCGGCCCUCGCACAUUCUGCAUGACAUGCUGUCGCUGCUGCGCACGCCCGCCUAACUGCUUCUGCCACUCGCUGCCCGGACACGCCGCCAAGCAGGCCAGAGCCCGCCCACUGUCGCUGACGCGCACCCGCCUGCUGCCAGACGUGUUCGCGGACGGACGCUGGGGCAGGAGACGGUAGCCCAGUCACGGGACCCGCUCCGCGCGACGAGGAGGCCCUCAAACCUUGACGCCCCAGACGGCAUAUCCAGGUAUGGCCAGCAAGCCCAUGGCCGAGCGCAGGAAGAGCGACCAUGGCUCGAAUGGCGCCCGAGAGCCAUUGUCGUUCCUCAGCCCCAACGACGCCCUCAGCACCACAGCCUCCCACCAGAGCACCAGCUCCACCCACGCCGGCCGUUCCGGAGGCAAUUCACUGCUACCCUCGCCCGUCCCGCCGCCCACGGCCUCGUCCCAGUCCUCGCAGCACCGCCCGCACUCGAGAGUCAGCGUCGUCUCCGCCGUCUCGCGCGACGACCAGAGCGAGAGUGCCGCGGUGCGGAAGAGCCACAGCUACAGCAUCUCGAGCACGCCGCACACGCUGGCGUCCUCCAAGGGCACCAGCUCGACUGCUGCGGACAACCGUGAGCGCCAGCGUGCUGCCCGCUCUCUGCCGCCAUGGGUCCUGUCGGCCGACGAGGACGAGAUAGCCGAUGCCACUUCACUGCUGCUGCCCCGCACGCCCACCUCUGUCCGGCCUGCCUCCCACAACUACAUGCCCACGCCCAAGUCCAAUGUGCCCGGCCGCAGAUUCGACCAUGCCCGUGAAGGGGCGCCAGUGACGCUCACCACCCCCGUCAGCGAAAAUGCCUCAAAGUGGAAACAGUUCGCUGCAGCCUCCAACUACGAGCAGCACGACCGCCCUCUCUCGUCGAGAGGACAGAUUGUCGACGAUGACUGGAUGGCCGCGAACCUGCCAGAUCUUGAGAAGCCAUGGGAGCCCAUCGACGAAGAGGAGAAAGAGGAGAAGAUCAAGGGCUUCUGGUUGUUCAAUCCGGCGAAGCGAAGGCGCAAGAUGGUGCAGUUCCACCGCACCAUCAUGAAUCACCCCAUGGUUCCGGCAUUGGUCCGUAUGAUUGUGCUCACCUUCUCGAUUCUGGCUCUGUCGUUAGCUGGAGCUAUCUUCCACAAGUCAGAUUCCGCUAGCUGCGAUAACAACUCGUCCACCUGGAUGGCAAUCAUCGUCGAUGUCGUAGCCAUCAUCUACACCGUCUACAUCACGUAUGACGAGUACACUUCGAAACCCCUCGGUUUGCGUUCGCACAACGCAAAGAUGUCCCUUAUAUUCUUAGACCUGGCCUUCAUCGUGUUCGAAUCUGCGAACCUCAGUCUGGCCUUCCAGGCGCUGACCGACGACAAGUGGGCGUGUAGGGACGCCACGGACCCGGUAGCUGCUUACUGCCAGUACACUCGGUCAAUCUGCGUACGGCAGAAGGCACUGACUGCUACACUACUCAUUGCGCUGCUGGCGUGGCUAGCUACUUUCAGUAUCAGUACCCUGAGGUUGAUCCACCGUGUCGCUAGGUAGUACCUGCCACACACAUCUUUGUCUCAUUCCUAUUCCGCAUACAUACUUGUACCAUCAUACACGUUUCCUUACUUUGACUGAUUCGAGUGUCUUCACAGGAAAGACUCAUACAAACCGAUGCUCAGAUACCGCAUCGCAAAGCGCGCUGGUACUUUCGUCCUUGCGCAGACUGACCGUUUCCGUUCCCGUUCGCGCGACCUUUCUGCAUCUGCAUCUCCUUAGUUUUGAUUUGGCAUAUGCAUGGCGUUGGCGGCACAUAUUCCCCGCAUUGUUCCUUUGUUGUUCAGCGAGCCGUGGAGGUAGUCACGGUUGUAGGUGCCCAAGUAGACAGUUCGAUAGGGUGUUGUAGUCUUCAGCACUCCUCAAAUGUAAUGAUAUGACCAACCAC